UUCAGGUAUAAAACCUGAUGGGAAGCAGCACCAGAGUGGGACCUCUGUCAAGAAAACGUGCACAGCAAUGGGUGGCAAAUCUCUUGCUGUCACUUUGAUUCUCUACUUGGUCUCAAUGGCAGGGUCAGAAGGUAAGGCCCUGGAGAAGACGGAUGAAAGAGGCUCCCAAUGCCAGUGCAUAAGCACUCAUUCCAAGUUCAUCCCUCCCAAGACUAUUCAGGAUGUGAGAAUAAGCCAAAGAGGACCUCACUGCAAAAAUGUGGAAAUCAUAGCUACGCUGAAAGAUGGCAGGGAAGUGUGCGUGGAGCCCACGGCGCCCUGGGUCCGGCUCACUGUAAAGGCUCUGCUGGCCAGGGCCAGGGACAAUGUUGAGUCACCAGUCAAAGAAAAGUCAAGGAAGAAUAAACCUUGGAUUUCUGCAAGCAUAUGAAAUGAGAGAAAACACUGCUGCUGAGAAUGCCCUCUCUGCUACAUUACACAGUUGAUUAUUUUUCUUUCCCUGAGAUGGCUGUUGAUCCAUCUCAUUUUCUUUGCUGUCACUCUCUCUAAACUUCUAUCUGUGGUAGAUCAAGGAGUUCAAGGAUAAUGAAAGCAUUCAAGUGUUGUAAGGAUGAAAAUAAACAAGAUGAAAUUAGUUACUCUAAAUAGCCUUACUUAAAGCAAAAACAGAAUGGAUACAAUUAGCAAACACAUGAAUAAACACAUAAUGAGAAAGCACCUGUGCAGCUUUGAAGGAAGUAACCUCUCAUGGGCUUGUUGCAGUUGUUUGCAGGUGAAAACAAGACUGUGGAUGUGGCAGGUCUCUCUUUCUGAAACCCCUUCACAACCAUCACCAAACACUGGAAAUAACAAGGCUAAGGAACAUGUCUUGGAAAUGGAUAAGUAACAGGUGAAUACAUAGAGAUGAAGGGCACAAUGAGAAGAUCAAAUCUCAUUGAUAAAGGAACAUCACCCAUGGAUUCUUACACCACCUUGUGUGAGGUCGUGUUUGGUUUGGCCAGCAGGGACCCCCCCACGGGAUCUGGGAAGGUCAUGUGCUGUGAGCUGAAGUGCUCUGGUGAUGCUAAAUGAGGAUGUGAAAACAAGGCUCAGCUAUAAAGAACUGCAGAAAUACCUUAGGAGAUUCACUGAUUAGGCAACAAACUACCAGGUGAAAUUCCCUGCAGGAAGUAACAAAAGUAAUUGACCUAGGAAAAAAUUACAAAGCUCUUACAGAAGUAAGACAUUCCAGGCUGACCAUAAGAACAUAGGAGAGAGAUCUCAAGAUUAUAUUAGUUGUAUGACAGGAAUAUCAGAUCAGGGAAUGAAGAGGGUUUGGAAGUGACCUUAGCUAAAGGGUAUUUGACUGGGUGCAAGGAAGGUGCAAGCAAGCACAGGCUGACACCUGAACUACCUCCUGUCUCAUCAACACUUCCAAGUCACUCAGAGCCUCGGGGUAAAGACUGGGAGUUCACAGCUUUCAGAAAGGAACAGCUAUAAAUAGGGAGACUGCAUCACCUGUGUGACUUCUAUUUGUUGUGCUGCAGUUUCUACUCACAGACAAAAAGAUGCGGGCAGAGACACAUACAUACAUAUAUACAUGUAUACCAAGAGAAGUUUAGAAGUCAUAUUUCUGAAGAAAAGAACACAUUAUUUAUUUCAAUAUAUCAGAAAAUAUUUGGUCAAUUUUUUUCUCUCAUGUCAGUUCACAGAUUAGUCUGAAUUGGAAGGGACCCAGAAGGAUCAUCAAGUCCUACUCUCAAGUGAAAGGCCAAUAUGGGGAUUGAAGCUGUGACCUUUUUUGUUUUACAAAAGGGUUUUACAACUUAUAUAUUUAUUUUGUGUUGUUUUUCCAGGGUCCAGGGGAAUGCUAACACGGCUAAACAUUAAUGUUAAUAUGUCAAUUUCCAUUGAUUUAUAAUUUCUUUCUACAGUCAAAAAAAAUUUAGUCGUAGUGAUUUGCUUCACCCUGUUUAUGGCUGGCCAUAUAAACCUAAUUUCUGAGGCUGAAAGCACUGAAGUGCAGAUUCUAGCAGCACUCAUGAGACUAGACACGCACGGGUGAGAGUGAUGCAGGACUCAAAAAUGCCAUGGGCGCCCUGUGGGUUCAGUCUUGUGAGCCCCAGGGUGGCAGGUGGUGCUUGAAGUUUGACCCCCCAGCAGCCCCUUCAGCAAAGCAGCUCUGGAGUCAGGUCUGGAUCCAUGAGCUGACUGAACACAUCCACUGCUCCUUCCUGCUGCUGCACCACCAGGUUUUGGUGAGCAGCAAAAUUUGACCUGUCCAGCACCUUGAGAUCCAUUGGAUCAUCAAAUUUACAUGUUACAGCUUUUGUGCCAAACAAAUCUCACUGAUAAGAGUCAGAGAUGAAGGUGUGAUGUGUGUUACUGCCACUGACCACUUCUAAGUUAAUCAAAAGUUGCUGGCACAAACUUCUUAAAACUCACCACAUAUUUCCUCCUGCCACUUCAGGUCUUGCUUGCAUAGUCAGAAAAUGCUUCCAGCCAAUCUGAAGAGAGGCAAAUGCCCAGGUGCUGGUGCCUAACAAUUUUCUAGGUAGACUUAGUAUUACUUCUGUUUAUUCCAGGUAGGUAAAUUUUAUUUGUAGUAUGCAUAUUUGUUAAUAUUUUCUAGUAUUUUAUGUUAACACUACAGAUAAUAUUAAUGCAUCCUGUUCUAAUAUUGCUUGACACCUUAUAUUAAUAUUUUCAAUACAUUUUCAUAUUGAGUUGGAGCAAAUUAAGUAUUUCAUUUAAUCCACAACAAUUUUUUAAGCGGAAGCUUCAAUACAAAAUUGACUCUUUUCAAGCAGAGCUAAAGUAUAUAUAAAAAAUAAAUAUGCAGCAAUAUACAACUGUUUUUAUAAAUACAUAUAUUAAAAGGCAGAUCAACUUAAAAACUGU